AUGGCGUUGCAACUCUGCCAGGACGGCGGCUCGCAAGGCGAGUCGAAUCGCCGAGAGGGAGAGGAAGAGGAAGAAGCAGGCGCUGAACCGGGGCGUGGGACUUGGGAGCUUUGGCAAGAGGAGGACGCCGGCCGUGCUGCAGGUGGCGUUCAUGAUCUUGGGCGCGAUCGCAGCCACGGCGCUGUCGGUGAAACUCGCGAUGCAGAUGUAGCCGACGAUUACGACGACGAAGACGACGAAGACUAUGAAGAAGACGACAAAGACAAUGAAGACAAAGACUAUGAAGAAGAAAAAGAAGAAGAAGAAGCAGAAUUUGAAGAAGACGACGACGACGACGACCUCGAGCCGCGAGGACGAGGCCCCACCGAAGAGGCCGUGGCGGCGGCGCGCGACGAGGCCUCCUCGUUCAUGGCCUACUUCCCGCCGGAGAUAGAGGACUCGGUGAUCGCCAUGACCAACCUGGAAGCGGACAGGCGCAGGCCCGCCAUCGACAGGUGGAAGCCCAUGGGCCGCGUCGAGUUCCGGGCCUAUGUGGGGCUGCUGGUGCUCGCCGGCGUGUACAGGUCCCGGGGAGAGGCCUGCGAGAGCCUGUGGGACGCCGAGAGCGGCAGGUCCCUGUUCAGAGCCGCGAUGCCGCUCAAGACCUUUCGAGCAGCCGUGUGGGACGAGUGGUGCGCCAGGUUGCCCGCCAUGUACCGACCGGGACCGGAGGUCACCGUCGACGAGAGACUGGUGCCGUUCAGAGGAAGGUGUCCGUUCAGACAGUACAUGCCCAGCAAACCGGCCAGGUACGGGAUCAAGAUAUGGGUGGCGUGCGACGCGCGUUCCAGCUACGCGUGGAAGAUGCAAGUCUACACCGGCAAGCCCGACAAGCGCGGCCCUCCCGAAAAGCACCUGGCCGCUCGAGUGGUCUUGGACCUCACCGAGGGACUGACGCCGGGACGCAACGUCACGUGCGACAACUUUUUCACCUCGCACAAGCUCGCCGUCAGGCUCUUUCGCGAACGAGGCCACACGGUGCUGGGCACCCUGCGAGCGAACAGACCCGAGAUCCCCAGGGAGCUGCGCUGCGUCAAGGGCAGGGCCAGGGAGGAGGAGGAGGAGGAGGAGGAGGUGGCGGUGGAGGAAGAGGGCCAGACACGAUCAUCCUCUCCUACGUGGCCAAAAAGAACAAGAACGUGCUGCUCCUCACCACGGCCUAGCCGCCGCCACCGCAUCAGCAACGGCAUCAGCAACGGCAUCAGCAACGGCAGCAGCAGCGGCGACGGCGGCGGCGGCGGAAAACCUCCCUUGGUGCUGCAUUACAACCGCACCAAGGGAGGCGUCGACAACCUGGACAAGGUCGUGAGCACGUACAGCUGCAGGAGAAAGACCUGCAGGUGGCCCGUGGCCCUUUUCCACAACAUGGUGGACGUGGCGGCCUACAACGCGUUCGUGCUCUGGAGGGAAAUUCACCCCGACUGGAUGGCGGGCAAGCUCAACAAACGAAGGCUCUUCCUCGAGCAACUGGGCAAAGCGCUCGCGCGCCCCAUGAUCGAAGCCAGGGCGUUAGCGCGAGGAGGAGGAGGAGGAGGAGGAGGCCGAGUCGCGGCCCGAGGUACUUCUGCUGCUGCUGCUGCUGCUGCUGCUACUACUACUACUACUACUACCGCUACCGAGGCCGACGAUGCCGACGCCACGCCGCGCGACUCCUCUCCGGUCAAGAGGCGAAGGUGCCGCGUGUGUCCCAGGAGCAAAGACGUCAAGACCAAGAUCCUGUGCCGCGAGUGCCGAGCGCACGUGUGCAUCAACUGCGCCGUCACGUACUGUCCCAACUGCGCCGCUUCCAAGACGCCGCCGCCGUCGCAAUAA